AUGGCCUCUCAAAAGUCACAGGGGAACUCUAGCCCCUCCGCGUCCUCAAUAUUUCUACCACUUGGCCGACCUUCAAGACGGGGUUCUUUUGGGUCUAUGAGCUCGCAAGCAGAGCGGGAACAUCGAAAUGAAGCGUUGAACCAGAUACACAAUGCCGCUUGUCAAUCAGAUGAGCUCACAGUUUUCUAUGAGCUUACUGGUCUUCCUGCUACCCCUCCAGCAACGGACAACAAGGGUUUGGUUGGAGAUUUGCAAGGCGGCCUUAGCGGUCUAUACAAUCGAUUUCGUGCUUCUGUAGGCGGUGUCAAAGAUAUGGUUGGGGGUUCUUCAAGACAGCCUGAUAUAAUACCAGCAGAAACACCUGUGUUUAGGAGCCCUAACACAUCUUCAUUUCCUUCAAAUCUAUCAGGGCAGCCAGGAUCGACAGAUUCGCAACCAUCGCUUGCGAACUCGGCCCAUGCAUCCAAAUCGCAAUCUCCAGUUCUGGGCGCCUUCCCCCCGAUACAAGAAGGGACGGCAAAUCAGUAUACAGGGAAGCCGUCACGAUUGUCCUCUAAGGCUGGCAGUGUGUCGUCAAAAGCAUCGGGACAGAUUGGCGGACCGUUGAAAUCUCCAAUUGCGCCUCUAACCAAGACCACGUCAGGGAUGGCCGACCCGACGGUGACUGAAAUAAACGUGAACGCCAUGAAGGAUAUUCCGUUUCACAGUAGAAGGGGCUCAGGAAGCAUCGCAUCUAGUAUUAUGCAGAAUGUCGAUUCUGUCAGUUCAGAGAGACGGGAUAGUUCGCUUCAUACUACGACGAGCCAGUCACAGUCACAACAGGAGUCAGCACCGAGUAGGCAGUCGUAUUCGCCAGUUUUAAUAGCAAGACAUAACAACAGUGAAUCUUUUCGAGAGACUCGCUUGCCGGAAAGUGUUCCCAUGGAACGCGCAGCGUCUCCAAAAUUGCAGUCUGCCAUCGAAGAUCGACAUGCCUUAGCUGAACUGGAUACAUCUUUCUCAAGAUCUGCUUGGAAAACAUCGAUUGAUGGAACGAACGAUACACAUCCUUCUCGUAGAGACUGCCAACCUGGAAACUCUAACAAAUCCAUCUCGAAUGAUUAUUCACCAGCUCCAACUUCCAUCACUAACAGCGUUUCAAAACUCUCAACCACGGAUAGUUCCAUCCACGAAGGCAAAACACCUACAACACUAGCAACAUCGCUAACCAUGACAGACAAGGAGCAAUCAUCCACGCACUCAUCGAAGGUCUCAUUCAAGGAGCGCCCAAAAGUCACCCCCAAAAUCAGCCAAUCACGCCUGCCUGGUUUUGGACCCUCGAGGAUACCAUCCUCAGAGUCAAAUGGACAGCAUCAAUUCACAUUAGCUCCUCCCCAUGUUUCGUUCCACCUUGACAAUUCUGGUCUUGCUACCCAGGAACCAAAAUAUCACCCUGCCCGAUCUCGACAGGAGGUGCCCCCUUUCCGAAGUAGGCUGCUUGGCAAGGAGUUUUGGAUGCGUGACGAAAAUGCAAAGGAUUGUUUUCACUGCGGCGAACCGUUUUCCACGUUCCGAAGGAAACAUCACUGUCGCACGUGCGGCCAAAUUUUCGAUGCAAAAUGCACCUCUUUGAUACCGGGCGCUGAUUUCGGACAUUCCGGUUCAAUACGAGUUUGCAGGCCUUGUGAGAGCAAAAUUAUCGCUUAUCAAGAUGAUUCUUCAGAUUUAUCUGGAGAUGACAUGAGCCCUAUUGUUAUAAAUACCCGAAGUCCUGACACCAUGUCCAACGGGAAUAUAUCUCGCUUGAGCGUGGCCGAUGACGACGCUUCAUCUGUUGUGUCCCAAUCGGUUGAUCAUGUGCUGAAGACCCCCACCAUGGCCAUUCCUGCAACUCGGCGUGCUGGUGAUGGGAAUAAUCGGCGCUCUGCCAUCCUCGAAUUCGAUUCCGAUCGCCAGCUUGCGAGGCCCUCUUCAUCAAGAUCUCUAAAAUCGUCGAUAAACGGGAGGCAACAUUCCAUUGGCCAUAAACGCCAUCAUUCUCGGCAUCAAUAUAUUCGCAGUUUUAAAGCCUACCACGAGGAUAGAGCUCCAUUCCAACGCCGUGCUGCAGAGGAUAUGAGCGGGAAGUCCCUGCUGCCGGCCUUCCACAGGGAUAACAUCAUUGAUCCAGAUCUAGCCCAGUACCUGUCAGAUGACGCCUCAAGCGGAGAUGAGCAAUCAAACUUAUUCGCAGUUGUUUCAGAUGGUUCUCUCUCUAAAAGUGUUGGCGACAGUGAGAAAGCAUCUUUCGGUGGCCUUCUUGCAGCUGUCAGAAAAAGUCGUUCUCGUUUUGGCGACAGGCCCGGAAUCCCAGGGUUGUACCUCUCCCGUGAUGGUGAUGACACGAGCGUAAGCAGCUCGAAGGCAGUGAACCUACCUCGUUCUGGGCGCCGACGUAAUCUGAGUGUUGCAAGCAGCAUCCACCAGCGCGUAUCACCGCGCCCUUCAAAAGAUAGUCAGCACAUUUACUUCCACCAGGAUCAACCUGCACCAGCCCUAUCUAUACAAGGUCCAUCAGCCUCCGCUGGAUUCAAAAUGACUAGAAGCUCUUCGAUGAGAGGGGCUGGCGCGCCGGUAGUUGAACUCAAUCGAGCUAGUUUGGAUCACGUUCGCAAACUCCUCCGACAACUUCUGAAAGAUGCACAUAUUCCCCACUCUCACUCUUGGGAAACUGCUCUAUUGCCAAUUCUCCUUAAAGCCACGGACGAUGUAGAACCUAAUGUCCAACAAGGUGACGCGAUGGAUAUACGCCACUAUGUGAAACUGAAAAAGAUACCAGGGGGCCGCCCCGGGGAUACAUCAUAUGUAUCUGGCUUGGUCUUUACGAAAAAUUUAGCCUUGAAAAGUAUGCCGCGAACUAUUCCCCAACCAAACAUUCUUAUCAUUACAUUUCCACUUGAAUACGCACGCCACCAGCAGCAUUUCAUGAGUCUGGAGCCUGUCAUUCGUCAAGAACGCGAAUUCCUUGAGAAUCUGGUCAACAGAAUAUCCUCGUUGAACCCUAAUCUUCUUCUUGUCGAAAAGAAUGUUUCUGGAUUAGCACUUCAGUUGUUGGAAAAGGCAAAUAUCGCCACUGCGUACAAUGUCAAACCUUCGGUAAUUGAGGCUGUGUCUAGGUGCACUCAGACUAGAAUUAUUACGUCCAUGGACAGGCUAGCCACCAAUCCAUCGUAUACCGGCCAAUGUGGAAGCUUUGAUCUGAAAACAUAUGUCCACAAAAACCGCAAAAAGACAUAUAUGUAUAUAUCUGGCUGUCUGAAGGAAUUGGGAUGCACAAUCGUCCUACGUGGCGCUGAAAGUGACCUUCUCAUGAAAAUUAAACGGAUCACGGAAUUCAUGGUCUAUGUUGUAUACAAUUUGAAGUUGGAAACCUGUCUCAUGAGAGACGAGUUCGCGAAAAUACCCUCCUCGCCCCCAAAUACAACAUCGACCGCUAAAACAAGUGCUUCCUCUAGCAUCACGGACGAUCUGAGCACCACAACACGCGAUCCAACCAGCUCUCAGUCAGGUGUCACGGACGGAGCAAAAUCUGGAACAGAGCUGACGACAUCCCAUGGUUCAAUUUCUGUUAGCGACACCGCUACGAGCGCAUCUAUUGAAAAUAAUAGCGUCAAUUCUACUACUGAGCCUGCUUUCUACGAGGAUAUGGUCGAGAAACAUCAAACAAAAAUUCUUUCCGCAUCCCCAUUUGUGAAAUUCAUGCCCCCCUACCUUCUCAUGCGGGCGAGAGAGCUAGAGCGACAGCUUGCAUAUCUCAAACGGCUUCGUGAUCAGGACUUCUCAACCGAGCAGCUAAGCGAUGAUAAAUCUAAAUCUCAAAAAUUUGUUCUCAUUACUCCCGAGAUGAUCCAUGAAUCCCUCUCCGGUGCCCCAGCCAAAGUAAAGGAAGUUCUUCAUGCCGUCCAUGAUGCAGAAUAUGAUAGAGCGCUGCACAAUUACCAAACACAAAAAAGACAGUGGGAGGCCUCUAUCUCCGGAAACGACAAUCUCUUUGAUCCCUUUGCACAUCAAAAUAUUGUUGUGCUCCACAGCCUUGUCUGUACGACAACCUCCGUUCCGUGUGCUGGGCCGGAGAUAUUUGCUCUCGAAUUCUACAAUGAGCAUGAAUCGGACAGGAUAUUCGAAGCCGAUUUUACUCUAGGUCAGUAUGUCGAAGAACUUUGCCUGAGCGCUAACGACGUCUGUGACGUGAAUGGUUGUGAGGAACGGAUGUUUAAUCAUCACCGGCAGUACGUACAUGGUGAAGCCCAGGUUACUGUCAUUGUGCAAACAUAUCCAUCCAAGCUUCGCGGAUUGCAGGAUGUGAUUUUAAUGUGGAGCUGUUGCAAGAUCUGUGGUAAUGAAACACCAGCUAUCCCCAUGUCAGAAAGCACUUGGAGGUAUUCUUUUGGAAAAUAUCUUGAAUUAUCAUUUUGGUGCGGGAAUUUACACGCACGUGCGGGCGUCUGUCCUCAUGACUUGCAUCGCGACCACCUUCGAUAUUUUGGUUUCAGAGAUGUGGCUAUUCGCAUUCAUUAUGAUCCAAUUAAUUUGCUGGAAAUAAUUGUGCCGCGGCCCCGCGUUACGUGGAAAGUUGAUAAAGAUCUCAGGCUCCGGAAUGAAAUCUACACGCAAGCCGAGAAGCGCUUGAAUCGAUUCAUGUUAUCCGUUAAGUCCAGGUUAAAAAGUAUUAAUGUCGACAGCGUCAUGCCAGAAAUGGCUGAGAGCUGCAAGCAAGAAAUUGAGGCUCUCACGAAACGGGCGAAUGAUGAUCAUCUAGCCCUCAUUAAACAACACCAAGAACUGUACAUGAAUUCUCGAUACUGGGAAAUAGUCCCGCUGAAUAGGGUGAUUCAUGCGACCCAGGAAAAAGCUGUGGAGUGGGAUGCGACGUUCGCAGAAUUUGAACGGAAUUUCUUUCCUUCCGAAAAAGAUAUUCGACGAUUGGCAACAUUACAACUCAAAAGGAUAUUCCUCGAUAAGGAGGGCUCUGUCGCAUCCUUCACUUCCACUGACGAGAUGUCAACGAUAACGCCUUCUGAGGCAGAGGAGACCGAUGGGACAACUACUUCGCCAUUGGUAGAAAGCCCGAAAUUGGCGAGGAGGAUGACAUUAUCUCCUCAAGAGGCUAAGAAUGUUCUCGCUUCCGUAGUGGAAGAGCAUUCAGGUAAGCUUAAUAGGGACGAUGAAAGUCCCGAGCAGCUUCAUUCUCCCACCCUCCCAAAAGUGGAGAAAUGUGAAGCCGUAAAACUGCCAGCGACGCCAAUGGCUUCUGAGGAAGAUAUUCAACACUUAGACUUAGUCAUAUCUCCUCAGAAUGAGACGAAAAAUCCUAACCCUCCUCAGCCCGAGCGCCUUCCCUCUCAUUCAGCUGAAACUACUGCCGAAGCUCACCCUGCAUCUGAUAGCAAUUCUCAAUCUGCUCCCGAAUUGCUCUUGUCGGACGCCUCAAAUGAGGCCCAGACCGAAUCUGAAGAGAAACAACGCAGCGAAGAUAGUACGGAGCAGCCUGCUAUACGCGCACCUCAAACACCCAGGCCCUCCGGUAUUCCCAGACCGACAGAGAGAUCGGCUCGAAAAGACCCGAAUGGAACAUCUCCACCAUUGCUAAGAGCACAGUCACAACCAAGCUAUGUUUCAAAUGACAACAGCAGUGUGACUGGAAUACAAGUCCCACAAAGGUCAUCAACUGGUGGCUCGAGCCCUAAAAGGGCUGAGAAGCAGACAGGACAAAGUAGUGACUCAAAAUUAAAAGGAAAUGAAAAGAGGUUCUCGGAUCGCUUAGGCCUAUCGUCCUUAAAACCCAGUAAACUUACUUCUGGUCACCAUUCCCUGAUACCCCGCUCUGUACAAUCCAGAACCUCGCGGGUUUCAAAUCUCGCAAGACAUUUUGAACAGCUCAGUCGCGAAUUUGAAAAAGAGCGUUUAAAGGAACGGGAACAGCGAGCAUUGCAGAGAAAAAACUCUCGCGCAUACCCCAUGGCUUCUUCAAAUCCGAUUGUAGAAGUUUAUAAGAACGUUAGGGAUGCAGUAGAGGAACGUGACCCAUCAGAUGAGGACUUCCUGUCAAAUCAGUCCUCUGCCGCUACUUCAAAGGAAUCAACCACAUUAAUGAGCGAAAUGGUGGGCCCUACUCAGCCAGAAGAAAUGUCAGAGGCGGCGGAGGAACAACGGGAUGGAGUCUCUAGUAAAUCAAAAGAAAGCAUACAAAAAGCCAGUCAAGUUUUUCCAGAGGCAGAAGGCGAAGGAGGCAGAGGGGAAGAAGAAGAGGAGGAGGAGGAGGAAGAAGAAGAGCACAGUGACGCUGAAAGGAGUCUGCUGGACGAACUUCAGAUUGUUGAUUCCCCGGAAGAGACGAAUAAGUUGUCACCUGACGAACUUUAUCUCAAGGAGUUGCCGAAGUAUGAACGGACUUCACUGCUUAAAGUGUUGACAAAUUUCUGGGCUGAACGCUCCGCCAGUGGGUGGGCGCCACUCGAAUACCCUCUCAGUGAUUCCGAUCACGUUUUCGCAGAUUGCGAUAUCAUUGUUCGAGAGGAUGAACCAAGCUCCCUGAUUGCUUUUGCUCUGGACUCUGAGGAUUACAAGAAUAAACUUUGGAGCAUUCAAGAGCAUGACGAAAUAAUAGAAACCAAACCCAAUGAUGGACGUCGUGAGCCAGAAGUUGAACAUUCACUGCUGAGAGAGACGGGAACACAUCUCAAAUACCAGUUCCAAGAAGGCCAGACCAAGAUGCUUUGUAAAGUUUUUUAUGCUGAGCAAUUCGAUGCACUCCGAAGAAAAUGCGGUGUCUCAGAACGGAUAGUGGGAUCACUAUCCCGCUGCAUGAAAUGGGAUUCCAGAGGCGGGAAAACCAAGUCACUCUUCCUCAAAACAUUAGAUGAUCGGUUCAUCCUCAAAUCUCUCUCAACCAUCGAGACCCAAGCCUUUCUAAAAUUCGCUCCAGCAUACUUUCAAAUUAUGUCAGAAGCUCUAUUUCACGAACUACCCUCGGCCAUCGCAAAGAUGUUCGGCUUCUACCAAGUUAUCAUCAAGAACCCCGUCACAGGUGUCGAAUUUAAUUGGUUCCUGCUUCUCAUGGAGAACCUAUUCUAUGACAGAAAUCCAACACGGAUCUUCGAUCUAAAAGGCUCAAUGCGUAAUCGCAAAGUACAAAGCACAGGCGAGCGCAACGAAGUCCUCCUCGAUGAAAACAUGGUUGAAUUCAUCUACGAGAGCCCUUUGUUCACUCGGGAACACUCCAAGAAACUACUAAGCCAGAGCGUAUGGAAUGACACAUUAUUCCUCGCCCGACAGAACGUCAUGGACUACUCUCUUAUGAUCGCGAUUGAUGAAAAUCGCCAGGAACUCGUCGUCGGGAUCAUCGAUUGCAUCCGUACAUAUACUUGGGAUAAGAAAUUAGAGUCAUGGAUUAAGGAUCGCGGAUUUGCUGGCGGUGGGAAGAAUAGACCGACCGUCACCAGUCCGAAGGAGUACAAGAGUCGUUUCCGGGAGGCGAUGGCGAGAUACGUGUUGCAUGCUCCAAAUUCUUGGCACCAAUUCCACACCACGUACGUGGAUCGACGCAACGUGAGACUAAAGAGCUCUGAGCGUGAAUGCAAACGGGAGCGAGACACCUGUGAAGCCGGCAGGGAAGAAAAUGCCGAAUCAGGAGGUGGCACAUCUUAGAUUGCACACAUCUCAUACCCACCCAAUAGUUCCUUCAGACUACAGAUAUCUUCUACCGCAGCUCACCUUUUCUUUCCUUUUCUCCUUUUUUUAACCCUAUCUACAGCCCUCGUGAAAUUAUAUUUCUUCUAACCAAGAAGAAAAAAAUGAUAAGUGUUUACUUACGCCCGGCCUACGACUUCAAUGACUCCGACUCACGAGAAUAUGAAAUUAUGUUGAAUUGAAUCAAACUAUGAGCCAGUUUGAAUGCAUGUUUAUAUAUUUAGAAAAAACGAAUUCAUGAAUAAUCCGAACGCCACGAACCUAUCCUGUCCACGAGAAACUCGCAGAGAGGAGGGUUAAUAAGAUAAAAAAGAAACUAAAGACAGGAAACAUGGAAGCUACGACAAUCCAUGCUGGCAUCUUGCAUGUUCCCAGCACACUUUUUCUAUGUCCACCUGGUGUUAAGACACACUUCUUCACUUAGUUCCUUUGGUCAGCUUUCAUUUUCCCCCAUUUUCUACUUCCGCCUUCCUUCCAACUGUAUUUCUUAAUGAUAGUUAUUAAUAUUCCUGUCGGAUCUAUAAAUCACUCCUCCCCACCUUUCCCCUCCUCCCGUAACUUUAUAUCUCCCUUAUUUACAAGAAGUACGUUGUUUUACCAUGCCGCACCAACACAGAUACACUCGGGAAAGUUCUGUUUCUUAUUAUACAAACCAUGUACAAUUUUCCAGCUCACAAAAACGUCAAGCUUCAUAAUUUUUUUUG